GACGCAGCAUUGUUAAGCGCGCGCUCUUCGGUACAUCUCGUUAACGGCGGUUCUUUGGACAGAUAAUCAUUAUUUUUCUUAGUAGAGAUGAUGUUCAAGGUCCUUAACAGACAAAGGAAAUCGGAAAAGCCACUUUUAGUAUGUUGCUGUUUUACCUGAACGUUUGCCCUACAGCUUGAAUUUCGGUCAUCAUGCAUAAUCAAGGUUGUAGGACUUGUAUUCUUUAACCCGCUGAGUGACAUCAGACAAGAUUGGUGCAGCCACCGUUUCUUCUCUGUUGAAAGGUCUAAUAAAGUGCCUUAGAGCAAGACUGUUCUCCUGUUACAUCUGUUUGAUUCGUCAAAAUGACUCCCAACGGAUAUUUAAUAUUUGAAGAUGAGAGUUUCCUUGAUUCUACUGUGGCCAAGAUGAAUGCUUUGCGUAAAAGUGGCCAGUUUUGUGAUGUCAGACUAUUGGUCUGUGGACAUGAGCUUAUGGCACAUAAGGCUGUGCUGGCCUGCUGCAGUCCUUGCCUCUUUGAAAUCUUCAAUGCAGACUCUGAGCCACAGGGUGGGAUUUCACUGGUUAAAUUUGAUGACCUCAACCCUGAUGCUGUGGAGAUCUUGCUGAACUAUGUCUACACGGCGCAACUGAAGGCAGAUAAAGAUCUGGUCAGAGAUGUGUAUUCUGCAGCAAAAAAGCUCAAAUUGGAGAGAGUCAGACAGAUCUGUGGAGACUACCUGCUAUCAAAAAUGGACUCCCAAAGUGCCAUUUCAUACCGCAAUUUUGCUAGUAGCAUGGCUGAUGGGCGGCUUCUGGGCAAGAUUGAUGGCUAUAUCCAGGAUCAUCUUCAGGAGAUCUCAGAACAGGAUGAUUUCCUUAAACUUCCUAGACUGAAACUGGAGGUGAUGCUAGAGGAGAACCUGAACUUGCCUGGUAAUGGCAAACUGUACUCAAAGGUGAUAAGCUGGGUGCAACGCAGCCUGUGGAAAAAUGGAUAUCCCCUGGAGAAACUAAUGGAAGAGGUGCAAACGCUGUACUACUCAGCAGAUCACAAAUUACAUGAUGGGAGCCUGCUUGAGGGGCAUGCAGAGGUCUGCAGCUCUGAGGAUGACCACAUCCAGUUUGUGCAGAAGAAGCCUCCUCGAGAGAGAGACGAGAUGAUCUCAGGUGCCUCUGGCAGCCUCUCUCCCUCCAUCAGCCAGUUCAACAAGCACGAAUGGAAGUACAUUGCAUCAGAGAAGACAACCAACAAUGCAUACCUGUGUCUGGCUGUUCUGAGAGGCAUACUGUGUGUGAUCUCCCUGCAUGGCCGCACUAGUCCUCAUACUUCCCCAUCUGCUACACCGUGUGUGCUUAAGAGCCCAAGCUUCGAGACUCAACCAGAAGAUCUGCAGGAGAAGCUUUUAAAGCCCAUGCAUUACGCUCGCUCAGGCCUGGGAACUGCUGAACUGGACUGCAAGCUCAUUGCUGCAGGUGGCUACAACCGAGAAGAGUGCUUGAGGACAGUGGAGUGUUAUGACCCAAAGAAAGACUGCUGGAGUUUCAUUGCUCCUAUGCGCACUCCACGGGCUCGUUUCCAGAUGGCUGUGCUAAUGGGCGAGCUGUAUGUGAUGGGUGGCUCCAACGGUCACUCAGAUGAGUUGAGCUGUGGAGAGAUGUACAACCCCAAGACUGAUGAGUGGAUUCAAGUUCCUGAGCUCCGCACCAACCGUUGCAAUGCAGGUGUGUGUUUCUUGCAAAACAAGCUUUUCGUGGUGGGUGGAUCUGAUCCCUGUGGCCGAAAGGGCUUGAGGAAUUGUGACUCCUUUGACCCAGUGACUAAAAUGUGGACCAGCUGUGCACCCCUCAACAUAAGGAGGCACCAGGCGGCAGUGUGCGAGGUAAAUGGAUUUGUGUAUGUGAUUGGUGGCGCUGAGUCCUGGAACUGCUUAAACUCAGUAGAGCGCUACAACCCAGACAACAACACGUGGACCCUGGUGGCCCCCAUGAACGUGGCCCGUCGUGGAGCUGGUGUGGCUGUGUAUGAAGGGAAGGUUUUUGUGGUUGGAGGAUUUGACGGCACUCACGCUCUGCGCUGUGUGGAGGUCUAUGAUCCAGCCCACAACGAGUGGAGAAUGUUAGGCAGCAUGAUGUCAGCACGAAGCAAUGCAGGGCUGGCUGUGUUGAACGGUGUGCUCUGUGCUGUCGGGGGCUUUGAUGGCAAUGAGUUUCUCAACACCAUGGAGGUGUAUGACCCAGAGAAGAAUGAGUGGAGCCCGUUUAUAGAGGGAUUAGCUAAGAAUUGAAUGGUGUCAGAAUCCCGUGCUCAGUCGGACACAUUGUGAUGUGAUUGUAUUUGACUUAUGUUCAUCUGUUUGUUUAGGUGCUGAGGAAAUGACUCUGAUAGAUGCUCAUAUAGGGUUGCCCAAAGCAACAUAAAACCUUUGCAUAUUGCAUAAUUAUGAUGUAAAUAAAUUUCUGUCUUUUUGUUUUUAAUGCAUUUGUUGUUUCACCAUCAAAGCCAGUAACUGUAGUAAUAUGGAGAUGGUAAGGUUAAUUUCAUAAGAACAGGUUUAUUAGUGUUAUAAUAUGAUCUGUGGCAAAGGUUCAUGACCCGCUGCAGUCAGAUGCAGUGCUUAUGAUUGACUUUACAAUGAUUAUGAUGAUUGAUCAUGGCUUUUUAUUGAAGAUACGAUAAGUAUAGUUGUAAAGUCUUAGACCACAGGAUACUUGGCUAAAGCUCAUCUUGACUGGGGCCACAAUGCUUCAGUGGAAUUGUAUCUUUUGCCUUUUUAUAGCAUUUUUACACAACUGAUCUAAGUGUCUAAUACAUAAUAUUGAAAAGCAUGCAUUCAGUUAUGGAUGAAUCUGUGCCACAGGCUUGUUUUUAAUUAAAUUCUUAUCUAUGUCUGCUUCAUGUUAAAGAAGCCAAUGAUGAUAAUGUCACUUAACACCUAAUGUCUCAUCUUAUUCAUUGAAAAUGUUGUAAAUGAUUUUUUUUGUUUAACUUUCAGUACAAAAAAGGUGCAAAAAUUAAUAAACCUUUUCAACUUA